AUGAAGUACUUAGUGUUUUUGCUACUCUUCGGAUGUCAGGUGCUGAUCAGAGGCGACGACCUGCUGGACUCGGAGGAGCCCCCUGAAGGAUACUAUGCCUUCAUAGAAUCCCCGUCAGCCGUUCCGCCGAAGGUACGCUCGCCGCCCUACACGCACAUCAACAUCGAAUGCAAAGAGGCCACCAAUCCGAAACCGUACGUGUCCGCCAACAACCUGUGCGGCGAUCUGAAUAAGGGCAAGAUCCCGCGCAACCCGAUGAAGCAGAACGUGCUCGGGGAACCGUAUCCAUUCGAGCUGAUCCGCAACCAAACGCUCAAAUUCCUAUCGAAAACGCUACCGGUGCUGAAGGCGGACGAUACGUUACCGAAGGUGACACAGAUCGUUCCCGACGAGCCGGUGGACCAAUUCGACGAUAAUGGCAUUGGACGCCGCAUGGGCAAAGCGAUGCGGGUGGAUGAGGAUCGCCACGAGGAGGAUGCCCGAGCGCCACGCAAGUUUUGUGACGGCGGUGGCGUGUUCUGUGCCCUGUACCGCGCCAUUCAGGGAGAACCAAUCACCAGCAAGCUGGUGGCCGAGAGGCGCGAGGAAGCGGCUGCCUACCCACCUCCCCCACGGUACGAGGGACCACCAACACCCUGCCCGGCCAAGGUCGAGUAUGCGACACCCGUGUUCGCGAAGAAUUACCAGGGAUCCUGGCGCUACGUGGUGCAGAUUCCGUACGAGGGCUAUUUCACGCAAACCGUCGAGGUGACCCGGUGCCUUCAGGCCCGCUGUCACUAUUUGGACGGUGGCUGUCUUUCGUCGCCGCGCUGGGUCAGCUUGCUGGUGGCCGAAAUCUUCUACCCGAACGCGGAGGAAUCGACAACGGCACCGCCAACCACCACCACGGCACCAUCGAUUCAGGAUUUCCAGGCAUACCAGCAGUACCUGCAGAAGCGGGCCGGUCUCCCGACCGACAAUGUGUACGACAGCUCUCUCAGCGGACAGAGCCAGCAACAACAGCAGCAACAGCAGCAGCAGCAAGCACCAGUUGGUGCAGCGGCAACGACGAAACAAAAUCAGCACUGCGAUGGCCACGACGAGAUUGGUUGCUUCCAGGUGCGCCUGUACUACGAUUGGUUCCUGAUACCGGGCUCAUGCAAGUGCUGGCGGCCGGAUUACUUUGCUAAAUACGUACGAAAGCGACCAUCGCCAGAUCUAUAG